AACGCCACGCAGUCUUCCCGCGCGGUUCGCACGUGUGUCUAGCGCAUCACACAUAACUCCGUAAAUGUUUUCCGCUGAUUUCGAUAAUAUUUCAAGAAAAGUAAAUAUUGCCCAAUGUCAUUUUGUGAACCUACAUUUGAUGUGAACUCGAACUAUACAAUGAACUGUGUACUGUGGAAUUAAAGUGCUCUAUCAAUUAAAAUUGGAAUUAUUUCAAUUUUACUUCCUCAAUUUUUUUAUCAAAUCUUAAUGAAGCCGGACUACCUACGUAAAUAAUUGGAUUUAAGCGUUCUUUAUGAAUGAACGGACUGAAACUAUCGACGCCUCAUUAUCAAAUACCCGCAGCGCCAAAGCUGGUCUGUACGCCAUGAGUGACCAAACAUUUCACACACCAUCCUUUGGCGAUGAAGAGUUUGAUAUACCACUGAUACAUGGACAACACGCAAAUAAUGGAGGUGCACAGAAUUCCCACAUACAGUAUACACAAAUGCACCAUGCUGCACCUCAGGUUGGUAUGAUGAAUCCUGCUCAAGAUGGUCUAGCUCCGCCGGGCGGUGCACCGUCUUAUCAACAACCAUUAUAUUUGCAAGAACCGCACACGCCUGUAACAACUCACAGUGGUGCUGUAGCGCCUUCCGGGAAUUAUAUGAUUCAGCAGCAGCCAGGAGGUCAACAACAGCUAUUAAUGUUGCAACCAACCCAAGUAAUGAGUGGCCCACCAACCCCUAGCACACCCACGCAGCAGGCUCCAGUAUAUGGUUCCCCUCAAAGAGCCUCUCCACCUGGCACCACUAGUGAUGACUCUGAUGACAGUGUACCAUCACAACAUUCUCAGUUGCCUGGUGAUGCGGAAAGCCUUCUGCCUAUACAUUAUUGCUCAGCGAGCCGGCAGCAACAAACUGCGCUUCAUCAGAUGAAUAUGACAAUGGGAGUAAAAAGGUCUUCACCUGAACCUAUGGAUAAUGGAAUCAAUCGUGGCCAAAUGCAGAAAAAGCCAAAAGUACAAAAGAAAAAAAAGAAACGGGAUCCAAAUGAACCACAGAAGCCAGUUUCAGCAUAUGCCUUAUUUUUUCGCGACACACAAGCUGCUAUUAAGGGUCAAAAUCCAAAUGCAAGCUUUGGUGAAGUUUCUAAGAUUGUUGCAUCAAUGUGGGAUGGAUUAGAUUCUGAACAUAAAAGUGUUUACAAGCAAAAAACAGAAGUAGCCAAAAAAGAGUAUUUGAAAGCUUUAGCAGCAUAUAGAGCCAGCCUAGUGUCAAAGGGAUCAGAACAAGACAAUCAAGUGAUGUUUAAUCAUAAUAAUACAAAUACCAAUUACGGAAAUUAUUAUCAGGGCCAAGGAUACGGUAAUGGCCAUUCACCUCAAGGCUUUGUACCUAAUGCGACUCCUCAAGGAUAUUCUCCACAAAACUAUCCUGGUGGGCAGCCCCAAACUACAUACGCUGGACAACAACCUCAGGGCUACCCGAAUAAUCCUCAACAAUCACCUCAAAACUAUCAAGGAAACAUAGGACAUCCAGGCCAAUCAUACCAAGGUGUACCUGGGCAGCCACCUCAAAACUAUCAAGUGAAUCCAGCUGCGUCCCCACAAAACUGUCAACCAAACAUGACUCAGCAGUCCCCUCGGAACUACCAACCUACCCAAUCUCCCCCUAAUUACGCAGCAAAUGCGGGACUGUCCCCGCCUAACUACAGACAAGUGCAAUCUCAGUCACCUCCAAUGGCUAAUGUGCAUGCAGCUAUGCAAUAUCAUCACAGUCAGCAGAUGCAGCAAGCACAUCAAGUCCAGCAGUACCAGCAACAGCCCCAACAGAACCACCAACAAACACAGCAACAACAAAAUCAGAACCCACAGCAACACCAGCAACAGCAGCAACAACUACAUCAGCAACAACAGCAACAACACCAUCAGCAACAGCAGCAACAACAAUUACAUCAACAACAGUCACCGCAGCAACAGCAAGCACAGAACCAAGCAAUAAAAAGUGAACCUCAUACAAACAACAAUAAUGCUGCUUCCGGUAUUCCACAACAAUCAACGGAGCAAAGUGAAACAAAUACAACAACAUCUUGUGUAAGGCAAGGCUGCACCAAUCCUGCCAUUGCCAACAGUGAAUGGGAAAAUGAAUAUUGCUCUAAUGAAUGUGUAGUCAGCCAUUGCAGAGAUGUCUUCAGCUCUUGGGUCGCAUCAAACACGAACAACCAAAUGCAAAAUUUUUCUGCCGUGAAGUAAAAUGCAUAUCACAAAAUUAAUCGUAUUAAGGGAGUAUAUUUUAUAUGUUUUUAACAUUACAACAUUAUGUAAUACAAUGACAAAAUAAAAUCAUUUUGUCAAACAGAUUGUUAUGUUUUAAAUUAUACCUCGAAGUUAUCAGUAUUGUUUUGUUUUGUAUAAAGUAGUCAGAUAAAACAAAUGUUUUUUAUACUUUUUAUGUUGUAAUUUAGCUCUUAGCCAUAUGUAGUUCUGUGAAUAACUAUUAAAUAGGUUGAUAAGAUCUAUGAACGAACACAACAAAUACAUGAAAUUUACAUAUUAUACUUUAAAAAUUAAUUCUUCCAAAAAAUCAAAAUGAAAAGUUUAGUAACUUGAACUUGUAAUUUAUCUUGUCAAUAAAUCUAAAGAGAUGGUAUUUUGAAAGUCCAAAUAAUAUCAGUGUAGUCCACUAUUGGUUGCAUCAUAGAUAAAUUAAUUAUUAAUGUAAUUGUGACUAGUGAUAACAUAAAUUCAUAUUUUUUUAUUCUCAGUCAUUUGUUAAUAAUGUAAUCUUGACAUUUAAGUACAUUACCUUGUUAAGUUAAAUGUAAGUUAUAAUAUUGUUUUAUUUUAAUAGGUAGAAUCUCUUAUUCAAAAAUCAUGUUUAAUUGAUAUUCACAAGUUACAUUUUUGCCUUAAAUAACAUUAAGAUACUUAGUUUUAAAGUAUAGUUUUUAAGUGUUAUUAGGCCAACAAUACAAAAUUUCGACUUAAACAUGUCGCGAUUAAUAUAAAAUAUAGGUGAACUCCUAUGUGAAAUAAAAGCAUUAUCGCAAUGUUAUGUGAAGUUAGAUUUGAAUUGUAGAAUAUUAUAGAGAUGUUUAACAUUGGACUAAAUAAGUGAUGUAUCAAAAAUAGCAUGACAUUAAAAAUAAUGCAUUCUUUAUACAUUUAGUAGUUAUUUCUUGUAAAUUGACUAUGAUAAUUAUAAUCCUAUGUACACGGUGGCAAUAUUUACUCAUUCCUCUAGGAGUUGUGCUUAGCAUAGGUUUUAGCUGGACCAAAAUGUCAUUUAUAUUCAAAGCAAUGAUAUGUUUAAGGUAUUGUUUUAUUACUGUACAUUGAUAAUUAAACAAAGAAUGUAAAUAAAUAUUUGCAGUGAUAGCAAUAUUCUAGGACUGCUCACGAUACAUCGUGUUGUGUUUCGCCUAAGUAGUCCCGUUAGUUCACUUAGUAAGUGGAAAUUAUCUUUAUUAAAAUGUAAAAUUACAAUGUAUAAAUUAUAUAACUAGAACUUCAUUAAAAUUUCUUAAGCAA